AUGACUGUAACAUCUGUGUUUUCGAAGCUCAAGGCUCACCUUGCCGACACUCAAGUCAAGACUUACGCACCUGACGCAGAAGACUACAAGCAAAUCGAACAAUGCUUUGUUGAGAAACCGGUUCAGACUCUUGGUGUAGUCAGACCUCAAACCGGCGAUGAAGUUGCCCUGGUCGUGCAAUUCUGUCUCGAGCACAGCGUCGAGUUCAGCGUGCGAGGGGGAGGCCACGAUUGUGCCAGUCGAACAUUGGUCGAUAGAGCGCUUGUUAUUGAUAUGCGAGAUAUCAAGCACGUCGUCAUAGCUGAGGACAAGAAGAGUGCAAGGGUCGGUGGUGGCAUUCUCAGUAGUGAGUUGGCUAGGGCGUUGGUGGAAGAGGGUCUGAGUACGCCUACUGGUACUGUCGCGAGUGUAGGAUAUGCUGGAUGGGCCACGCUCGGCGGCUACGGACUGUUGACAUCGCAUUACGGCCUAGGCGUCGACCAGAUCAUCGGAGCAAAGAUAGUCAAUGCUCGUGGAAAAGUCGAGGAUGCCAAUGAAGAACUGCUAGUCGGCAUUCGAGGCGGCGGCGGGUCACUAGGUGUAAUCGUUGAACUGACCAUCAAGAUCUACCCUAUUAACAAGAUUCUAUCUUCCAUGAUCCUCUACGACUCAAGCGACUUAUCCGCGGCUCUCACUUCCUAUACCCAACACUACGAAAACCUUCUCGAAUCAGGGCAACUGCCCGUGUAUCUCCAGCUCCAGCCAAUGAUCGCACAAAUGCCAGGCCAGCCUGUUAGUCUCAUGAUAAUCGCGACUUGGCACGGCGAUGACAAAGACGAAGGCCGCUCGUGGAUCAAAAACAUAGCUGGAGCAGCGACUUGUGUGAUGGAGAAUACGCAGGAGAUCACAAUCGCGGAAAUGCUUGAGAAUAAUGAGAAGUUGGUAACCUGGCCUUCCUACGGUCGAGUCUAUACUCUAAAUUGCAAGACUCUGACUGAAAAGGCAAUUGAGAUCCUGGGGAAGCAUUGUGUCAAUGCACCGGGCGGAAGUCUGAUCUUCUCAUACCAUACUCUUCUCUCAGCACAAGAGCCUGAACGAAAGUCUGUCUUUGGUACAAGAGCUCGUCAUCAUAUGUUUGAGAUCUACGCCAUACUCGCAGAUAAGGCUACCGCGGAAGAACGAGUUCAGUGGGCUGCUAGGGUCAAGGCUGAACUUCAGGCAAAAGAUGCUGAUAAUAUCCUGGAGGGGUCGUAUAUAUCGCUUGGUUCUCAUGAGGAUGCUGAUGUUAAGAAGGUCUAUGGGAAGCAUUAUGAGACGCUGGCGGCUUUGAAGAGGAAGUAUGAUCCCAAGAAUGUGUUCAAGCAUAGCGUUCCAAAAUUGGUUUUUGUUGAAGAGGGGGAUGCAAUUGCUGAGGCUUAA